AUGACUUCCAGGUACAGCGGGCUUCUUCCCCGCAACUUCCGUCCUUAUCUACCCCGAAACCACCUCCGCAUUCGCGCUCUACCGCCGCUUCUCUCGCGGAGGUUCCAUGCCAGCUCUUUGCUGUGGGGGAUUAAGUCACAGGUUCUGAAAGAUGUGGGAGAAGGCAUCACGGAAGUUCAGAUCAUUCAAUGGUACGUGGAGGAAGGGGCUCACAUAGAGGAAUGGAAGCCAUUGUGUCAAUAUCAGUCAGAUAAAGCUGUCGAUGAUAUUACUUCGAGAUACGAGGGUGUUAUUAAGAAGCUUCAUUUUGAGACGGACGAUACAGUACCAACGGGAAGGGCACUCUGCGAUAUUGAAGUGGAUGAUGGAAAAUACCCAGAUGAUAAUCCCCCACAUGAACCAAAGGCAGCGCCAGCUGCUCCAUCCCCAGCCAGCGAAGUAGCAGCCGCAACACAAGCAGCAGAGUCCUCACUGGCAGCUCCCCCUCCAUUCCCCCCUCCUGAGGCGGCUCCCAAGUCCAAAAAUGCAUCCCUUGCAGUCCCCGCCGUGCGUGGGCUGCUAAAGAGCCACGGCAUCAACAUCCUCGAUGUCACUGGCUCCGGCAAAGACGGACGCGUGAUGAAAGACGAUGUCCUCAAAUUUGUCGCAGCGAGAGAUUCUCCCGCCUCGCCACUACCCGUUCCAUCCUCUGUUUCCCCAGACGCACGGCAAACAGAGUCUACCGUCAACCUCACCCCGAUCCAAUCACAAAUGUUCAAGACCAUGACCAAAUCUCUAAACAUUCCCCACUUCCUCUACGCCGACGAACUCAAAGUCAACGACAUUACCGCCAUCCGCAAGAAACUCGCCAGCGACAAGCGCGACCCAACCAAAAUCACAUUCCUCCCCUUCGUCGUGAAAGCCGUCUCACAAGCCCUGAACGAAUUCCCCCUCCUCAACGCAAAAGUAGAUACCAGUGACCCCAACAAGCCCAAACUGACCAUGCGAGCCAAGCACAACAUCGGCAUCGCCAUGGACACGCCAAAUGGACUAAUUGUCCCAAAUAUCAAGGACGUAGCCAGCCGUUCGAUCUUCGACAUUGCCGCCGAGAUCACGCGCCUCAGUGCCCUGGGCAAGGAAGGGAAGAUGACGCCCGCCGAUCUCAGCGGCGGUACCAUUACCGUCUCUAAUAUUGGAAACAUCGGCGGCACAUAUGUGGCGCCGGUGAUUGUGCCGACCGAAGUGGCGAUUCUUGGAGUUGGUCGGUCGAGGGCUGUGCCGGUUUUUGAUGAUGCGGGCGAGGUUACGCGUGGGGAUAUGGUUAACUUCAGUUGGAGCGCCGACCAUCGGGUUGUUGAUGGAGCGACGAUGGCUCGUAUGGGCAAUCGGGUCCGGGAGCUGAUUGAAUCGCCGGAGCUGAUGCUUUUGAACUUGCGCUAG